CCGCCCAUCUCCCACUCCCACCGGACCGAUGGAAGACCCCGCACGGGCGCCACCACCGCCAUUCGCCGUACACCUAGUCACUGGCGGCUCCUCCUCGCUGGACCUAUCCCACCUCCUCCACUCCCUUGCCGCCGCCCGCAUCGUCGCCUUCGACGCAGAGUGGAAGCCGCGCCGCCGCCGCGCUCCCGCCAACGGCGACGACGCCUCGCCGGCACCCCCGAAUCCGCCACACCUGCCAACAGUUACGGUUCUUCAGCUUGCCUGCCGCAGCCAAGACGGGGGCAACGAGGUGUUCGUCGUCGACCUCCUCGCCGUGCCGCUCGCCGACCUGUGGGCGCAGCUUAGGGACUUGUUUGAACGGCCCGAGGUGCUCAAGCUGGGGUUCCGGUUCAAGCAGGAUCUCGUGUAUCUCUCGGCCACCUUCACAGCCGCCCUCGGAUGCGAUUACGGAUUCCACAAGGUGGAGCCUUUCUUGGAUAUCACCAACGUCUAUUACUACCUCAAGGGGCAUGACAGGCAAAAGAGACUCCCCAAGGAGACCAAGAGUUUGGCUACAAUUUGUGAGGAACUGCUGAAUGUCUCUUUAUCCAAGGAACUCCAAUGUAGCGAUUGGUCGUGCCGACCCUUGAGUGAAGGACAAAUACGAUAUGCUGCAUCAGAUGCCUAUUAUUUACUAGAUAUAUUUGAUCUCUUUGAGCAAAAGGUCACUGAAGAAAAAUGUUCGCCAGCAACGGAUCUAAAUUCAGAUGAAUUUUGCUCACCAACAGUAGUAGAAUGCUCAUCGUCCGGAUAUGCCAUUUGCUCCUCUGGUUAUUUAGCUUCCAUUAUAGCAAAGUACAGUGAGGGAAUUUUGUUGACAGAGUCAGAUACAAAAGCACGCUCCUCGAGACGAAAAGAAAAACAAAAGCUUCCAACCGAUGCCAAGUACAAAGAGAAGUUUGAUUGCAGUAUUGAAUGGCAGGGUCCCCCGCCAUGGGAUCAAUCCAUUGGUGGAGAUGGAUUACCCAAGUUUUUGUGUGAUGUCAUGAUUGAGGGUCUAGCUAAGCACUUGAGAUGUGUUGGAAUAGAUGCCGCCACACCAUCUUGCAGGAAACCUCAACCAAGAGAAUUAUUGAAUCAAAUUUAUAAGGAAGGACGGAUAUUACUAACACGAGAUAUGAAGCUCUUAAAAUAUCAGUAUUUGGCGACUAAUCAGGUAUACAAAGUGAAAAGUCUGCUAAAGCGUGAUCAACUAGCUGAGGUGAUUGACACCUUCCAGUUAAAGAUUUCUGAGGACCGACUAAUGUCAAGAUGUACAAAGUGCAAUGGAAGUUUCAUUCAGAAACCGUUAACGCUGGACGAAGCCAUGGAAGCCUCCAAAGGUUUCCAGGUCAUCCCCUCGUGCAUAUUCAACCGAGAUCUGGAAUUCUGGAAGUGCACCGACUGCAAUCAACUAUACUGGGAGGGAACUCAGUACCAUAAUGCAGUUCAGCAAUUUAUGUCAGUCUGCAACAUUAGUGAGUGAGCAUUGCAAGAUUUCUUUUUAAGUGCUGUCAAUGCCUCCAUGGAUACCUUCACUUUCCAUUGGGAGAAGCAACUGGAUCAUCAUCCGAUCUCAGACUUCCCACCACUACAUGAUGAGGCAGACCUUUCAUUUUGUUGGUCUGCAAUCCAUUCGUUGUGUUGAUGUAAAUAUGCUCAUGUUGUUUUGUACCUGGAAUUCAACAUAUACUGGGAACUGUUGUUUGAGUAAUGAAACCAUGUUAUUUUGUCUAUCUCAAUAAACAAUACCAGUCACGAUUA